GCGUGGGAUCUUCGAUAAGGAAAACAACAAAAACAGCGGCACUCUACCACACUUCAUUCAUAGACCGUCCUUUGAUCUAAACGAAUAGUAAACUCGUUUCCUUCGCGACCAUGCCUUCCAACGCGCUGGUGCCGGACACGCGCGUGCUCGCAAUUGCCAGCCAUGUCGUUCACGGGUGAGUUCGUAUACUCGGAUCGACGACGCGCUUGACUGAACUGAAAUCGAGUUAUGUCGGCAAUAAGAUGGCGACGUUUGUCAUGCAAUCUCUGGGCUGCGAUGUGUCGGCUAUCAAUACGGUGCAUUACAGCAAUCAUACCGCGUACAAACAGGUCAAAGGCACGAAGACGUCGGCGGAACAGAUACUCGAUCUGUAUGAGGGGCUGCGCCAAUCGGAUCUGACCAACUUCGACGUGCUGUUGACGGGUUAUGUGCCCAGCGCUGAGGCGUUGCAGGCUGUGGGCAAGAUUGGGAGGGAUAUCAAGUUCAAUGCUGGGACGAAGCCUGGUAGCUUUUUCUGGGUGCUCGACCCAGUCAUGGGAGACAACGGAAAACUAUACAUACCAGAAGACGAGGUGCCCGAAUAUAAAACGCUGCUCCGCGAUGCAGAUCUCAUCCUGCCCAACCAGUUCGAAGCAGAAUUGUUAUCCGACACGCCCAUCCACGACCUCAAGUCCCUCGCCACGGCAAUCCAAAUCCUCCACAAGAAAUACCAAGUCCCCCACGUAAUAAUCACCUCCCUCCGCCUAACCCGCGACAACCAAACCAUAUCCUCGCGCGCACCCUCGCGCACACCCUCCAGACCCGCCUCAGGCACACAAACGCCCUCGAACCCCGCCCCCCUCGACGCAGCAACCUCGCACCCCUCAACAUGGCCUACAUCCGCCGACUCCCCGCCGCCCCAAGAAGCAGCAGCAGCCGCCCCCGUCGAUCUAUCGGACGUAGAGAACCUGACCAUCAUCGGCUCAACCGCAACUUCAGACUACAAACCACGCCUCUUCCGCAUAGACACACCGGCACUCCCCCUCUUCUUCUCAGGAACAGGCGAUAUGUUCGCCGCGCUGACGGUCCCGCGCCUCAUUCAAGCCGUGCACGCCGCGUCGACGCCCGAGUGCGAUCUAGCCAGCAAGCCCAGCUGGCGGUCCCCCGACGAUGUGACCGCGGAUGAACUCCCGCUUGCUCAAGCGUGUCAGAAGGUGCUGGCGUCCAUGCAGGCGAUUCUUGGGCAGACGGCGGAGCAGUGCGGCGAGAAGAUGGCGGAGUAUGAUGCUAGGGCGGAGAAGGAUGGGUGUGGGACGGGCGAGGAGGCGGAGUCUGAGGCGGACAAGAAGAGGCAUCUUGCACUUAUGAAUGCUAGUGAGGUUAAGGUGGUGAGGUAUGUGGGGGAGUUGCUGGAUCCGCCGUGUUUGGAGCGGUUUAGGGCUAGGGCUGUGGAGGUGGAUGUUGGGGGGUUGUAAGGGGAGGGGGUGAGAUAUAGUCGCUUUGAUGCGGGUGUAAUGUAGAUGACUAGCCGUGUCCUUUUCCAUCCCGUUCGUCCUCAUUUUAUGUAUCCGUCAUGCGAUC